UUAAAAAACAUUCUAGUGCUUAAGUUAGUCAUUACUGGGGCCCGGCACAAACAUUUUUCACCGGAACUCAUAAAAAGGGAAACAGUCCAAAAAUUGGGAAUGGGAAGACUGAAGUUACUGAUAUUGUUUUUGUUUGUAAUGAUCAACAUUUAUAUUUUAACAGUGUGUCGAGACAACCAUUGCCAAUUGAAUAUUCUUUCACAUUACCUUCAAGUCAACCACACUACCGUUACCACUCAUACUCCACAUGUUCAUAUUUGUAGUGGAAUCACCAACAGGACAUUUACACCAAUCAAUGACUCCUUAAUAAGUAAAGAGGAAUGGGAAUCUCUGGUCACAGAGCUACAAUGGUCAUUACCGCCUGUUGACCUCUUAUCCACAGAUGAGGCCACAAACCCCACUAAGUGCUCAUUCUCUGUUGUCAACCCCAAUUCAAACCACACAGUUGGAGGGUUUAUAGAUGUGACUUUGAUAGCUAGAGAUACUAAAAACAGGAUCAAAACCUAUGGAGGGGACUUUUUUCAGGCCAAGUUGUUUAACGCAGAACUUAAGGCCAGUACUUAUGGAGCUGUAACAGACCACUUUAAUGGCACCUACACUGCCCGCUUGGCCCUGCUUUGGCCCGGACCUGCCAAGGUGUCCAUCCGCCUAGUGCACUCCAGUGAGGCCGUGCAGGUACUGUGUAGGCACAGGGAACAGGACCCAGAUAAGGUCUACUUCCUAGGCUACUUUGAGGAGGGUGGCAAGCAGGAAACAACGAUGUGCAAUGCCCAGAGAAGUCCUAGGCUGGUGGGGAAUGACUUGCAGUGUUGCUGUGAGUACAGAGAGCCAGUCACUGGAGAGUCCUGGUUCUGUCGGCGGCCAUCUUCCCUGCCCUGCCAUGCUUUGACCUACCACAGCAUGGGUGGUUACCAGGCAGUACUCUCCAAGUUGGAGACAACUCUUCUUAAGAGGUAG